AUGGUUUGCUCCGGGCCUGGGCACCAGCGAGCGUUGUCCCGGCGCAAGUGGCCAUCUGAAGACGCAGCCUCCUGUCCGGCUGCCCUCAGCCUGGCACUCCUGCUUCCUCGGCAGUGGGGUCAGACGGGCCUCAGGCAGUGGACCCCUGGGUCAGCAGCGGCGUCCUUCCAUCCUUCACGUGUGUCCUGGCCGCUGCAGGAGCCGGACGUGGAGACAGCACGGCGCUCCCUGCCUUGGGAAGGGCGGGAGCAUGGCGCUGGCGCCCCUCUCGGAGCUCCAGAUGUGGAGCAGAGCCACGUGAAGGGCUCCAGACGGUCCCUGCUCCGGCCUACAUUCUGCGAUGACAAGGGCUGCUCCUCCGGGGGGAGCCUGGGGAAGCCCCGGGAUGACAAGGCUGGGCGUGCUCAGCGGAGACGGGGGUCACCCAGCAGCACACUGAGGGAGAAUCCACUCGCUUCCUGCCUCGGCUGGCCCAGCGGGGAAGACACGGCCACAGGCUUCAAGGUGCGACUGGAGGGCUCCAGCUCGCAGUGCCAGGGCCGGCUGCAGGUCUACGCCCAGGACUCCUGGAGCACGGUGUGCGCACAGAGCUGGGGCCUGCAGGGCAGCUCCCCGCCGGGCCCGGGGCAGGCCUCCCACCUCUGCCGCCAGCUGCACUGCGGGGACAUCUGCAGACUCGGCACUGUCCCUGCCUUCAACGCACCCCAGCCCCGGCUCCGCCAGGUCAUCUGCCGAGGACCCCCAGGGUCCUUCUCCAACUGCAGCAGCAUCCGCACCCAGAGCUGGUGCCAGCCGCUGGCCCUGGUCUGCCUAGGUGGGUCGGGGGACACCAUGACCCCCAACCACCAAGGAACCCGAGAGGCCCGGGCACCCCUGGGUGGGGCCGCUCCAGUCCAGCCCGGCCAUUUCUCCCCAGCUCCACCCAGGCUGCGGAUGGUGGCUGGGCCUGGGGGCCUGCAGUGUGCCGGUGCCAUCGAGUUCUACAGCAGCCACUGGGGCGGCGCCGUCGGCUAUGAGGCCCGGGAGGACGAGUCUGCAGGCCUGGGCACCCUUGUCUGCGGCAACCUGGGCUGUGGCUCCUUCCUCAAGUGGCUGCCGGAGCCGCAGUGGACGGUGGUGCAGUGGACAGUGCAGGACACGAGCUGCGAGGCCCUGCCGCAGUGCUUCCGGAGGGCGCUUCCUGGGGCGGCCAGCCCGGCCCUGGCCCUGGUCUGCUCCGGCCCGGCUGCGGGAAGCGUGGGGAGCAUCGUCCUAGCUGUGGUGCUCCUGGCUGUGCUGCUGGUGGUGUGCGGCCCCCUGGCCUACAGGAAGCUGCUGAAGAGAGUCCGCCAGAAGAAGCAGCGGCAGUGGAUCGGCCCGACCGGGAUGAGCCAGACCAUGUCUUUCCACCGCAACCCCACGGCCACCGUGCGGGCCCAGCCUGAGAACCACCCCAGGGAGCACGCGGACAACGAGUACAGCCAGCCACCGCGGAACUCGCGCCUGUCUGCCUACCCAGCUCUGGAGGGGGCCCUGCGCCUCUCAGCCGCGCAACCUGACAACUCCUCGGACAGCGACUAUGACCUGCACGCCACCCACAGGCUGUGAGGCCGCGCCGGCUCUGCGCGCCAGCUCUGCCUGCCCUGCGGAGGGAAAGGGUAAGCGCCUGCAGCUUCCUGACAGCCCACCGGACGCCUGGAGGCACAGCCUUCCGGAAAGCUGCUGGGAGAGAUCCCGCAGGGCCUGGGGUCUACACUCAGCGCACAGGGCCAGCUUCUGACCUAUGCAGCAUUGUAAGAAAAAGCAGAGGUGCCUGUGAGCGGCCUGAGGAAGUACCACGGCCCAUGCAGCAGACCCACUGUGGGAACGGGGGAACAGGGCUCUGGCUGUGAGGAGAGGGACGGGCAGUUUGCUCACGGAGCUUCCAUGAAAGCAAACAUAAGAGCAACACUGACGCCCUGGGAAGAGGCUCCAGAUGAGGGCCAGGCGAGAGCCAGGCUCGGGUGUGGGUCCCUUGUGCCCACAGCCCCACGGCGUCCAAGGUCACGGGACCCUCAGGGCUGAGCCUCUCCCGCAGCAGUGGACAGAGCUAGCCUUCAUCUUCAGAAACUUCUUCUGAAGAUCUCGGAAUGAGAUUGCCUCAAGAGUAAUUUACUGGGACGCGCUGACCGGCCUCAUGCAGAACCACAUGAGCAACGCAGGACGAGAGCAGAGGCCACGGUCGGCUCUGUGCACCGGUGCCUAAGGUCUCCACAAGGACUGGCAGAGGGCGGUAAGCAGGGAGGAGAAGGAAGACACGUGCUCUGAACGGCGAGCCCAGCAGGAGACCCCACCAGGGUGGCUGCUGUUCUCCCUGAAGAGCUGGGAGCUGGUCGGAAAACCAGACCUGCGUGCCCCUUGCAGGGGAUGCCCCACCUCUACCCCGCCUGCCCGCCAGGACCUGGGACCUGGGUGUGUGCAGCCGAACCCUCCACAUGGCUGCUGAGAGGCCCUGCACCUGGAGGCUGAGGUGUGCCCAGGGAGCCCCUUUCCUGCCCUUGGACUCUGCCCCUCGGGGGUUCUCUGGUGCCU